AUGAGCAGUGAUAGCGGAGAAUCAGUUUACUCGCAACCAAGUGCGCGUACACGAAAAAUGUGCCAAAAAACUGGGCGUGGCUUAACUGUUCCAGAGGCGUCCGACAUUUUCCGCGUUGGUGUCCGCAUCCCGCCAUUUUGGCCUGAGAAACCGGCUAUAUGGUUUGCCCAGAUAGAAGGUCAGUUUGCUAUUUCUCGCAUAACAGAAGACACAACAAAAUUUUAUUACGUCAUCGCUCAACUUGAUACCCAUAUGUAUGCAUCGGAAGUCGAGGAUAUUAUUACAUCACCUCCAGAGACUAACAAAUACGAAAAAUUGAAAAGUGAAUUAAUAAAGCGAUUGUCGGUAUCUCGAGAAAACAAAGUAAAGCAACUGUUAAUGCACGAAGAGCUCGGAGACAGAAAACCUUCGCAGUUUCUCAGACACUUGCAACAUCUAGCAGGUCCUGCGGUACCAGAAGAUUUUUUGAAAACGAUCUGGACUAGCCGAUUGCCAAGUUCGAUGCAGACGAUCAUAGCAUCUCAACCCACUCUGCCUAUAAAAGCGCUCGCAGAUUUAGCAGACCGGAUCAACGACAUUGCACCAUCCAAUCCUCAGGUGGCAACAACAUCCAGGUCAGAGUCUGCGUUCGAUGCCAUGGCAAGACAGAUUGCUGAACUCACUAGACAAGUAAGCGAACUUUCUGCAAAAGUCAACCAGAGGCAUAGUUCCAGACAACGAAAUAGACGUUCGUCGCGACAUCGAAGCCCGUCUCCAGCACCGAGAUCACACUCAAGCCAUCGGAAGUACCCUAUCUGUUGGUACCAUCACAAGUUUGGAGACAAUGCCACGAAGUGCAACCGGCCAUGCGAUUUUAAAUCGGGAAAUGCCACAGGCAGUCGCUAA